CUAGAAGACAUUCUGGUCAAGCACAGGAACGCAGUAGACGAACAAACCCUAGAAAUCAGGACUACCAUCGCUGAGAGCUUACAGAAGGAGUCUAGCAGCAUGGGUAUGGUGUGUAAGCUUCCCUGCUUCCGCUAAGGGCUGCAAAAGGUGUAUGAGCGGCAGGGAGUUAGUCACUGGGCGCGUUGUGCUUGUGGAUAUGGUUGACUUCGUACUUGUCUACGAGAUCGAAACCAUCAGGCGACAGGCCUCAGAACAGAAAGAUCACUGCUGCGAUCUUGCAGAACUUCUCGAGCCAAAGGACGACAGUUGUAAGACUAUUUUGUUUGCAGCUUUUCUUUGUGUACAUCAUAAUUAUUCCUGUUCUCACUUUUCGUUCAAUUACUCUGUCUCCCAAAUGGUGACGCGUAACUCCAUGGAUCUCUGUUGCAUAUAUAUCAGAUCAGAGCGUACGCACAGCAACAGGCGUGCAAUCGUCCAAUCUAAUCAGUAUCACACUUCCGAAACAUUCGACCUGACUCAUCUUCGAAGAUGCCGCAUGAGGGAGACGAUGCUCCCGAAUUCUCCAGUCUCUGGUUGCGGAGGUAACUGGAUCUUUUCGUGUUUCGUGUUUUCUUAUAUAUGUCAACAAAGCAUGACACGUCUUUCUGAUCAACCCUCCUCUCGCCAAGUCAACAACCAAAACCACGUCAACAGCCAAAACGCCUUUGCUGUCAUUUGAGACUGCCAGAGCAAUUCAUCAAGAUAAAUAUCAUAAAUCCUACAGCUUCUCGCGGUGGCACGAGUCCCAUCACUAUCAAAAAUCGCAAGCACAGCCAGAAUGGCGGCUGUGCCAAACACUCGACAUGCCAGUGUAAGUGACUCUGACGCAAAUUCACUCGUCUGAUCU